AUGAUCGAGUACUCUAUGAUACUUUUGAUGUCACCAGCAUUUCAUAUCUUGAUUGUUGCGAAAGAUCAGCUGAACAUUCUCGCCAGUUUUUAUCAGACAGCUCAUCACUCGAUCAAUUCAUCAAAUUCAUUUCUAUUUCUAUCUUAUCUAAAAAGACAAAGACAAAGAGAUAAUAAACAUUCAAUUCUCACUCAAAAAGAUGAACAGAACAUAUUAUUAUCGGUCGUAGCAUUGGCUAGUGCUCGUCGUCCAUUCAGAUGGCACUCUGACCUCAGUAUCUACAACAAGUUAACUGACGAAGCUCUCUUUGCUCGUUCAGAAAAACAUUUGUUAAGAUCAAUUCAAUACCAAUGGUUCACUCAAAGACUCGACCAUUUCAACACUAUCAAUCAACAAACCUUCCAACAAAGAUAUGUUAUCAAUGAUCAAUAUUGGAAUGGUAAAGGACCAGUAUUCAUCAUGAUCAAUGGUGAAGGUCCAAUGUCAUUGGCUACAGUCACUGGAUUACAAUUUGUAAACUGGGCUCAACAAUCAAACGCACUCAUCAUCUCUCUCGAACACAGAUACUAUGGUGCCAGUUUUGCUACUGAUGAUCUUUCAACUGACAACCUCGCCUAUCUCACUCCACAACAAGCACUUGCCGACAAUGCUGCCUUCCGUGAGUUUGUUGCCGUCACCUUCAACGUUCCAGCUACCUCCAAGUGGGUCAGUUUCGGUGGUUCAUACUCUGGUUGUCUCACCUCUUGGUUCCGUAUCAAGUAUCCAAACCUCGUCGACUACACCGUCGCUUCAUCUGGUCCAGUCAAUGCUGAAGUCAACUUUUACCAAUAUUUGGAAGUUGUUCAAAACUCUUUGUUGACCGCAACCAAUGGACAACAAUGUGUUUCAAACAUUGCUCAAGCAACUCAAAAGAUUCAAGCUUUAUUGUCACAACCAAACGGUUUGGAAACUGUCUCUGACAUGUUCAACCUCUUCCCAGCCUUGGAAUCUCAAAAUGAUGUUGCCAACUUUAUGCAAUCUCUUGCUGGUAACUUUAUGGGUGUUGUUCAAUACAAUCUCGAAGAAGUUGGUCCAUCUGUUGAAACUUUAUGUCAAACUAUGACUGAUUCAUCAAAUGAUGCACUCACCAAUUACAUUGCCAUCUGGAAUCAAUAUGCUCAAGGUGAAACUUUGGAUGUAUCUUAUGAUACCAUGAUUUCUGAACUCACCAAUGUUACCAACGACCAAAACAUUGUUGGUGGUCGUCAAUGGUUCUUCCAAACCUGUGCUCAAUUUGGUUUCUACCAAACUUCUGAUUCACCAAACCAACCAUUUGGUAACCUCUUCCCACUCGAGUUCCAAAUCCAACAGUGUUCCGAUGUGUUUGGUUUCGACUUCUUACCAAACGUCAACUGGACUCUUUUGGAUUUCGGUGGUUUGAACCCAGUCACCUCAAAUGUCAUCUAUGUCAACGGUGACAUUGAUCCAUGGCACUCACUCGGUAUCACCGCCUCCUUCCCAGCUGCCGGUGAAAACACUGAAACUAUUUUGAUCCACGGUACUGCUCAUUGUGCCGAUAUGAUGAUGCCAACCGCCGGUGUCUCACCAUCCACCUUGGCCCCAGCCCAAACCAUCAUUGGUCAACAAAUCCAAUCUUUCCUUUCACAAAAUUAA